AUGGCGGUUCCAGGGGACGAUGUUGACGCUCUUUCCGACCAUAGCACUAUUGACUACGAAAGCGAUCACGAAUGGGUUUUCCAUGACAUGGCCGCUGCAGUUAAGUCCGGUGACGUCGUCGCUUUGGACACUGCCAUUGACAAUUUCGGUGGGCUAAUUGAUGAGCCACUUGAGAAUAAUGACUCGGCACUUCACUUGGCGUGUCUAUAUGGUCACCUCCCUUGUGUUGAGCUUCUCCUAGAAAGAGGAGCUAAUAUUGAGAUUAAAGAUACAGAUGAUGCACUUCCUUUACAUGAUGCUUGUGAUGGAGCAGGGUACUUAGAUAUAGUAGAAUUUCUUUUAAGCCGAGCUAGUAGUCCUGAAUGUGCGAAGAGAAUGAUUGAAACAAUGGAUAGAGCAGGUAACACUCCUCUGCAUUGUGCAGCGAGCGGUGAGCAUGUAAAUGUGAUUAGGUUUUUGCUAAGUUCAGGGGCUUCACCAUCGAUUAAAAACUUCUCCAUGGAGACACCAGGUGAUUUAGCUGAAAUAAACAGUGAUGCUAGGAGGAUCCUCGAAGCAGCGGUUGCCAACUCAAGAAUCUCUUAA